AUGUAUAAAGUGGGCGACACCCGGCCCAUCCCUUCACCUGAUAACACUCAGCUCGAGGCGCUGACAAUACUGACCGAGCGUGCACACCGCCGCUCCCGCGAGCGACAGAAGGUUGAGGAAGAAGUAACUCGCAUCGUGAAUGCCAGAGAAUCAACGAUGGCCGCCAACCAGUUUGACCACGUUACCCGGCGCCAGCUUAACCAAAUGGAUAGACAGUUGGAGUGCCUCAACAACGUGUUGAUUGGGAUUCAGGACGAGGAAGCAAUUGACGCCAUCGAAGAGGAGCGCAUUUGGACCCAGAUAGUACAGAUUAACCACCAUACCCACACCUCCUACUUACCAAACCCAUCCUUGACCAUGGCCGAAACUCAGCCCAUCCCGUCGCCAAGCGACGCUCAACUCAAAGAGCUCGCGAAGCUCAAGGAGCGGGCACAUCGCCGCGCUCGCGACAUCGAGUUAAUACAUCAGGAGAUUGCACGCCUUGUGGACCAGAAGGAAGCAAUGACAGCAGCUGGUCUCCAUUACCACUGGUUUUACCGAGACCAGCUGGAGGGAAUGGAGCAAGAGUUGGUGUGGCUCCACCAAGACUUGAGAGACAUCCGGAACGAAGAAGAGUUCGACACUGCCAAGGAGAAGAAGAUCUGGAACUAG